UCCACACGGACUGUUUACCUGCAUGCAACCAAAGCCCGCUGCAACGUGAUUGGUCAAUACUCCCCGGACUACAGGCGGAAACCGGAACCUUCCUCUCCUGCAGACCCUGCAUCCAUGUGCAGAUGGUAGAAAACAGACGGAGGAGAAGAAAGAAGAUGAGAUGAGUUUGAAGUGUUUGCUGGCUAACCGAGAAGCCAACAUUUUGACAAAUGGAGGAUCGUACGUGUUAUUUAGCAGAAGAAAAAGCGACGGAGCGAAAAGAGGAAGAAGUGAAACUAAAUGUGGACAGACGACGGCAGAAAACAAUGAUCAACAUCGGUGCGGCCUUCCCCAAAUGGAAAUCUCUGAUGAGGGACAAAUGUUUUCAGAGUGACGCCGAAGUUGCCUGUUUUCUGCUGCACAGCUAUGAGAGAGGAUCUGCAGCAUCGACUCCCAUGAAGGAAACACCUGUUCAACUCACAGCUGCAGCAGUGUCUAGCAUCUGUGCUUCUGGAAGGAUGAACAGUUUACAGGACAUGAGCAUGGAUGAGAAGCACAAUGUUUUCAAUAACCCCUUGAACAGUGUAAUUGAUUGGACAGAUGAAGGCCCCCCUUCCUUUCAUGAAAAAGAUGAUGGAGAUAAAGAUGACAGCUCUGAUGAAGAGGAUCUUCCACCCACUUGUAUACGAAUGGGUGGAGCAUUAAAGAAAGCACCAUCGAUUGAUCGACUUCCAGUUAUUGGAACGGGCGAGGCAGCGCAUGACCAGCCUGCACGUGAAGACCCUCCUGAUGAGGCUUCUCCCUGUGAUCAGGACCCUGUUUUCCCAUCCCCACAGCAGGUCCUUUGUGAAGAUGACAUCGUUGGUGCCAGAGCUUCAAUAGUAUAUGAGGACUGCUUGAGACAGCUGGCUACAUUUCUGAUCCUGCCUGUGAAAAAAUGUACAGGCCUUUUAAAGACUGGUGUGGUGUGUGACUGUGUUGCUCCCUUUGAGAUCAACAUCACUUCCAAGGGCACAGCAACGAGUGUCGAAUGGAUCUGUCCCAAUGGACACAGCUUGUGGAGGUGGAAUUCCCAGCCUGUAAUGAAGUGUGGGACGCAAGCUGGAGAUUUUCUCUUGUCCACUAACAUUUUGUUGUCUGGCAACGACUAUGCGAAGGUCGCCCUCUUGUUCAAGUUCAUGAACAUGGGGAUGGUGAAGAAGAACACCUUCGUGUCCAUUCAGGACGCUUACUGUGUGGACACAGUGAAGGCCUUCUGGGAAGAGAGGAGGACUGAGGCCCUCAGUGGCCUUCAGGGGAAAGAUGUUGUGGUCCUAGCAGAGAAUGACACCAAGGAGAUCAUUCAUGUUUCCACCAUCAACAAGCAGCAGACAUCCUGCAACUCUGUCGUCAUGGAGAAGGAGGGUUUUAUCGAGACUGUAGACAAGCUUACAUCAGAGAUAAAGCAUGAGGAGAUCUGCACAGAUGCUAAUGCCCAGAUCACAGCCCUUAUGAACCCAUAUGAAGGCAGAUACAAGGAUCUUGGAAUUCAUCACAGUCUGGACAUGUGGCAUGGUGCCAAGAACCUGGUCAAAAGAAUAGCAGCUGCACUAUGGGUUGGCAUCACUCACCAUGUCUGUGACAUUCACACCUGGACUAACGGAAGGUGUCAACAUGGGCACCUGGAAGAAACACAUGGAAAGCUGUGGAUCCAGAAAGACACCAGUUGCCACAAAGCUUCAGUGGACAUCGUUCUCAAUAAGCGCUGGCUGAAGGAUGUGCAUAAAUACCUGCGCUUUUGCAGAUCAGCUGCAGACCUAGAGGCUUUCCAGAAUCAGAUACUGAUGUAUGCCAGCAAGCGCUUCACCUUCAGUCCCCCAGUUUAUGAGGCAAGAGUUCUGCUUGCUGCUCUGGACUAUAACUUCCACCAGAACCGACCAACAAUGAAAACAGCAGAAGGCAAAGAGAUUUUCAGAAGGCUGUACAAGAAAAACAGCAGAAGACACAGGUUAUAUGCCCUGAAAUCUGAAAAAACCUACUCAUACAUCGCUGAUCUGCAAGCAAGGAUUGUAAAGAGGAGAAUCACAAGUGGAGUGGGGAUGCCUAGAAGGAAGACAGUGUUCCCUGCAGAUGUCCAGCAGCUGUUGGUGAUUAAAGAAGAGACUCCCCCUGAGUGGAGCCCCAGUCUGGACCAGGAGGACCCAGAGCCCCUACACAUAAAAGAAGAACAGGAGGAACUCUGGACCAAUCAGGAGGGAGAGCAGCUUAAUGGGCUGGAGGUGGCUGAUAUCACCAGGUUCCCAUUCACUGCUGUUACUGUGAAGAGUGAAGAUGAGGAAGAGAAACCUCAGUCUCCACAGCUUCAUCAAAGCCAAACUGAGGACAACAGAGAGGCAGAGCCUUCAGCCAGCAGCUCAGCUACGCAGAUAAAAACAGAAACUGAUGGAGGAUCAGAACCUGCUGGGAACCUUGAUCCAGAUAGUCAUUUACAACCAGAUACUGCUGAAAAAGCUUCAGACACUGAAGUCAGUGAUAAUGACUGGCAAGAACCUUUGUCAGAUUCUGAAGCUGAAAGUGAAGACAGUGACAAUGGUUGGAAGAAGACCAGAGCACCUGAGUCAGGUGUAAAUGCUCUGAAAUAUAAGGAAGCUCCUGUAAGUGAUGCAGGAUGUAAUGCUGGGAAAAGAUCAUUUAGCUGCUUUGAAUGUGGUAAACAAUAUCACCUCAAGGGGUCUCUUCAGAGACACAUGAAGUGUCAUUCAGGAAAAAGGUCCUCCAGCCGUCUGGUUAAUAAGAAAUGUUUCAGAGUGAAGGAAAAUGUAGAUUCACAGAUGAGAGUCCACACAGGAGAGAAACGAUUUGGCUGUGAUGUUUGUGGGAAGAGAUUUACACUCCUUGGAAAUCUUAACACACACAUGAGAGUCCACACAGGAGAGAAACCAUUUGGCUGUGAUCUUUGUGGGAAGAGAUUUACACAACAGGGAACUCUUAUUAAACACAUGAGAGUCCACACAGGAGAGAAACCAUUUGGCUGUGAUGUUUGUGGGAAGAGAUUUACACAACAGGGACAUCUUAAGAAACACAUGAGAGGGCACACAGGAGAGAAACUAUUUGGCUGUGAUGUUUGUAGAAUGAGAUUUAAAGAACAGGGAAAUCUUAAGAAACACAUGAGAAUCCACACAGGAGAGAAGCUAUUUGGUUGUGAUGUUUGUGGGACGAGAUUUACGGAACAGGGAAAUCUUAAGAGACACAUGAGAGUCCACACAGGAGAGAAACCAUUUGGUUGUGAUGUGUGUGGGACAAAAUUUACACAACAGGGAACUCUUAAGAAACACAUGAGGGUGCACACAGGAGAGAAACCAUUUGGCUGUGAUGUUUGUGGUAAAAGAUUUAGCCAUCGGGCACAUCUUAAGACACACAGGAGAGUCCACACAGGAGAGAAACCAUUUGGUUGUGAUGUUUGUGGUAAAAGAUUUAACCAUCGGGCACAUCUUAAGACACACAGGAGAGUCCACACAGGAGAGAAACCAUUUGGCUGUGAUGUUUGUGAUAAACGAUUUAGCCAUCGGGCACAUCUUAAGACACACAGUAGAGUCCACACAGGAGAGAAACCAUUUGGUUGUGAUGUUUGUGGUAAAAGAUUUAUCCAGCACACACAUCUUAAAAUUCAUACGAGGGUACACACAGGCGAAAAACCAUUUAGCUGUGAGCUUUGUGGGAAGAGAUUUACAGAACAGAGAAUUCUGAAGAGACACAUGAGAGUCCACACAGGAGAGAAACCAUUUGGCUGUGAUGUUUGUCGGAAGAGAUUUACAGCACAUGGAAGUCUGAAGAGACACAUGAGAGUCCACACAGGAUAGAAGUUGUUCACUAAGCAUGUUGUUAAGAACCACAGCAGUUUUCCUUGUCUUUUAGUGUUUUGUUGUAUUUAGUUUCUCUUGUGUUUAUUUUAAAAUAUGUAUGUAAAAGUCUUUAAAUGCUGUUUACUGCAUACCGAAGCCACCUACAUAGACAGAAUUUUCCA